CAUCAGAAAUAAGGGCAGGGAAUAAUAAUCUACCUAGGGAUCUGCUGAUCCUGCAGAUUCUGCUCCCGGUACCAGAGAUGGUCACCUCACCUUGCCUCAUGGGUGGACCAGCUCUGGGUACUCCAGUAUCAUUAUUCUGUACUGUAGGUCAUACAUGGGGACAGGCUAAAUUUAAGAGUGGCUUCUGAUACCCUUGUAAUGUAGUAGACUAAUAUCGCCACAUUAAUGAUGGAAAGACGUCACAACUAUUCCGUCUCGAGAUCUUCUACUUCUCAGAUUAGGCUAAUGUUAACAGAUAAAAUAUUUGCUUUCAAUAACUCCUCUGGACAAAUAACUUCAGCAUGUGUCUUGCCUCCAGCAGAAAAGAUGUACACCGUUGGGUUUUUCAAAUUUGUUUUAUUUCUUGUGCAUUAUAUAUGUUUCAAGUUGAACUCCGCCCCGCCACCUAAAUAAACAAACACUAAUGCAGAUUCUGAAGAGCCAUCACCUUCUCAUUCUUUGUAUUUAUGAAGAUACAGUACUGUAUUCAACAUGUUAUCAAGAUAUGGACAGAAGAACGAUUUACGCAAGAUACAGAUACAAUUGAAUUGCAUACUGUCAACAAAAUCAAGUAUCUAAAUUCCCUGAAAACACACAGCCACACCGUCCUCCCUGCGCUCAGCUUGGCGCGAACCCCUUGCGCCUCCGGCUUUGUUCACUCGUCGGGAUUUUCGCCCAACAGCGUAAAAAUACAAACGACAAAUAAAAACAGGAAGCCAGAAGGCGCGUGUUAUUACCUCUAUGGACUCAGGGAGGCGUCCGUCUACCCGGCGGCAGCUCUAUGGUAAAGAACAUUCCCUGUCUACUGUGCUUUGGAGGGACGGUUCCGGACCGGAAGUGGGCAAUGAUGAUUGCGAGGCUGGUGUGGGCGACUCAGACUUUCCAUGCUUUUUAUUGUGCCGGAAGUACGGGAUGCGUGUCCCGUUUCUAUCUUGGCGGCUGAGUCGGCGUCUCUUAGCAACGGAAUGGACGCCGGCGCCUGAGGGAGGCGAGCUAUUGCGGCGGCGCUGAAGCUCGUCUAAGGGAGCCUGGCAUGUCGAAGUUAAGCAAAAAGAAGGAGCUGGUGAGGAGCAACAACGUUCUCCAGGCGCCCUUCUCCUCUAAAGACCUUUGGGGUAUUACUGGAUCAACCUCUGUUGUAAACCCUCAAGGUCCUUUGGGUGAGUCUAGGAAGCCAAAAUUUCCUAUCUGGCCAGAAUGGAAUGAAGCAGAUAUCAAUGCAGAGAAGUGGGAUGCUGGAAAAGGUGCAAAGGAAAAAGAUAAAUCUGGAAGAAGUCCUAUUUUACAUGUCUUUGAAGAUCCAGAAGGAAAAAUUGAAAUGCCCCCUUCUUUAAAAGUGAGUUCCUGGAGAAGGCCACAAGAAAUCUUAGUCACUAAGGUGCCUGUGGUAGUGAAAAAUGAAACAGGGUUUGACCUUUUUUCACCCAAUGAACAUUUAAUGGGCAGUGAGCUGAUAAGAUGGAUAAUAAGUGAAAUCUAUGCAGUUUGGAAAUUGUAUAAUGCACCUGCUUUAAGUCCUGAUCCUAAAGCUACUGCAACUGAAGCACCUCAGCUUUUGUGGAAGCCAUGGGAACAUAUAUACUCGUUAUGCAGAGCUAUCAAGGGACAUAUGCCAUUGUACAAUAGCUAUGGAAAAUACGUAGUCAAGCUUUAUUGGAUGGGGAGCUGGCGAAAGAUCAUUGUGGAUGACAGCAUACCUUUCAAUGAAGACAAUGAAAUGCUGCUUCCAGUAACAACAUGUGAAAUUGAACUUUGGCCAUUGAUAUUAUCCAAAGCCAUAAUUAAACUAGCAAACAAUGACAUAAAUGACGUAGGAAAAAGGGAACUGGGGGAAUUCACAGUUCUACAUGCACUUACUGGAUGGAUACCAGAAAUUAUUCCUCUCCAAUCUGGAUAUAUGGAUAAAGUAUGGGAAUUCUUAAGAGAGACCUUGCCAGAAUUUAAGUUACCAGAAGAAUCAGUUCCUGAAAUGAAGAUGUCACUUCAAGACACUAAAAAAGAUCUAAAAUCUUCUGACAUUAAAAAUGAUGCCGUACCUGCAGUUAAGCCACCAGAGAAGGUAGAGAAACCUGAAAAAACUGCCAAAGAGAAACAAGAUCAAAAAGACGUUGGAAAGAAGAGAAGCAAGGAUGGUGAAAGGGAUAGAUUCAGGCCAGGGCUUCAUUCUGGACGUGUGUCUUCUGACUUUCAAAAUUCUCUCUUUCUUGAUGGUUCUGCAACACCACUGCAACCACAGAUGGUGGUAUAUGCUUGCUAUAUGCCUCUUUAUGUGUCUGAAAGAAAGAUAUUUGUAUUAGGGAAAAUGGCUGAUUCAUCUGAGCAGUUGCGGCAAUAUGGUCUUUCCCACAUAUACAGUCAUCCUGCACUGCUAACCAGAACAAGGUCCGGUCCCCUGGUAGCUCCUCCAAAACCACCAUCUAUUCCUCGUUGGAAACUUAUCCGCCAGAAAAAAGAAACUAUUGUGACUGAUGAACCCCAAGAACCUGUCAUAAAAAAGCCAGAACAAUUCAUUGAGCUUGCUAGCCCAUUUCUGAGCUAUAGACUUUCUCCAAUGCCAAUACCAAGAGACACCCAUUUCCCACCUUCUACAUUCAAAAAAGGAUCUCUUCCAGCAUCCAGUCUUCCUGCUGUCACUGAAAAUGAUGAAAGUGUAAUUGACUCUUCUGCAGAUUCAUAUUUAACGAGUACAGAAGAAAUUUCUCAGGAAUCUACUUUAGCUCCACCACAUACUAUGGAAGGAUCCACCAAAGGGGAAUCGACUGAAAAAAUAAGUAGUGAAGCAGCUCCAAUGCCAGAAUCAACAGAACCUGCUAAUAACCAGUUAGCAAAUAAAUCUCAGGAAGAGAUUGAAUCAGAAAAGAGCCCCAUCUCCAAGGAAAUAUGGAUGGACUAUGAAGAUUUCUGUGUUAGUUUUCAGAAUUUGUAUGUUUUCCACAAGCCAAACACCUAUGGCUACACCUAUCAGAAGUCAGAUUUUAGAAUGUUGGACGAACGUAUUGUAUAUUAUUUAUCUGUAGAUAGUUUGAAGCCUAUUGAUAUGCUGAUUAGCUUUUCUGCAUUAGUACACUGGGGAGAAUCAGGAGCAGCUGCACAAAAAGAAGGUCAUGUUUUGCCUAAGGGAUUACUCAUGGUUGAAAAAUUCUCAUGGAAAAAUUUGGCUCCAGGACAAUUAAUCCUGAAGAUCCAUACAUAUGCCACUAAAGCUGCUGUGAUAAGUCUUCCUGCUGGGCGCCAUGUGUUACUCUUCACUGCGAGCUCUCCCGUAGGGCACCAUAUCCAUAUUUGUAGCAUGGUCCCAUGUGUGUUUGGUGAAGAGGAUAUUGUCCUGCCAAAUCUUGAAAAGGAAAGCUAUCGGUUCAUAGAACAAGCCACCACUAUCAUGAAAGCCAUUGGGAAUGUGAUACUGAAUUAUGGAAAUGCAGAAAACCUUCCCGCAGCCAUAAAGGCACUGGAAGCAACACAUUGUCCUCCUGGCCUCUGUGCUCCAGGAACAACUAGAGAACACUUCAAGGCUUUCAAUAAUGCUUUUUGGCAUUUGAUAAAACAGACAUUGGGGAAUGUUCCUCUCAACUAUAAAUUUGCUUACAGAUGUUUCACUUUGGAUUUUAAAGACAGUGAUGUGUCUGUUGAAGACACAGACUCCUCAGAGCUGACAGAGGUAAAUGUUUCUGCUUGGCAAAGCAAAGAUCCCACACCUGAAGAGGAGAAAGUUGCACUUAAACUGCAAGCUGCCUGGAAAGGGUCUUAUGUGCGGCUACUAAUGAAUGGCAGAAAACCAGGUACUAAGGAGAAUACUAAAGUCAAAGACACACUUCAAAGGUUGUGGGCUCUAAUAGAGCCAAAUUUUGAACAAUGUUCUUUGACACUUUUGAGGGAUAUGUUCAAAAGUAAAUGUAAGUCUCUUGAAAAAUACCGUUGCGCUGAAGAUGAGUGGACUAAGACAUCUUUUGCUGAUUAUACUGUAACAUAUGGGGACCAGCCAGCAAAUUUUUGGUUUGUGGUCUUCAGAGAGGUGUUUUAUGUUCCAGAAGAGAUGAUCAUAGCAGCAAAGUUUUAUUCUUCCAUUGCUACAUGCGUAUUGCACGUCGUAGACAAUGAUACAUUGGAAGAAAUGCCUCGGAUCUUUCUCAGGGUUGCACCACAUCUUUAUACAAAGAAUAAGAGAGGAUAUACUUUUAUGGCCGAAGCUCAAACUGGUGAGUCACCAGUGUUGGCUGGGAAAUGGAGGCUUCGACUCAUAGGUUCCUACAGUCCCCUUCCAGUUCUUUCUCGUGAGACUAUGAACAAUGUAUAUUCCAUUAAAGAAGUUAAAGACUAUUAUGUACCAAAUGCUAAGAAUAUUAUAUUCAGGUAUGUAGUAAAAGUAACAACACCACUUAUGGCUACUGUGCAAGUACAGACCUGCAAGCCAGAUGUAAUCAUUAAAGUGCAAGUUCUGGACUCUGAGGAAGAAAUGGUGCACUCUGUUGGGAAGGGUCAUGCUGUUGUUCCUGCAUUUUAUUUCAUAUCUAAUGAGCGGCCUCUAAGUAGCAUGUCAACAUCAAGUAAAGGUGGAGUUGCCCAAAGUCCCAAAAAGGAACCUGAAGUAGUUGCAGCCUCUAAGAAAAAAGGUUCUGUGGCAACUCAGAAGAAUGUCAAGUCUACAGCGAAGAUGUUACAGGAAGGCCCAACUUUAAUAGAAGAAGAAACAAUUGUUACCCCUAUUAUUGAUGAAAAUUUAUUUCAGCAGCCUCACAAGUAUAUUAUACAAGCCUCAGUGUUGCAUAAUAGUUGGCCACUUACUGAGAACCAAUUGGUAUUUGUUCAGGCACUGAGAGAACUGGAAAAAAAUGAAAUCAAAGCACGUCCUACUGAAAAACAUGAAGAAAGUGUAAGUGUCCUAAGUCCAGACAUUCACAGCAACAUGGAAGGACAAAAAUCUGCAGGCUCUUCCAAAGCAGGUCGAAAAGUAAAGGAGAAAACAACUGAGAAGGCAGAAAAAGCUGCUAAAGAAAAACCUGUAACUGUUGUUAGGCCCGAAUCACAGCAAUCUGAUCCUAACAAACCCUCCUGGAUCUUACGUCUAGUCGUUGAACAAAAUGAAAUAGAAGCACUGGAUUUGAGGAAAGACACUGAGAGAGCAGAUGAGAUCAAAGCUAUGAAGCAAGCAUGGGAGGCUGCGGAGCCAGGGAGAGCUGUUAAGGCUUUUCAGGAGCGCCAGCAGUUUAUUAAUAAAUGUGCGCGGAAAGCUUUUGUUACAUCUGAGGCUGACAGUGUCAGCACUAGAGUGGAUUCAGGAGAAACAGGGACUGCUUCUCCUGUUGAACCAGUGGUGUCCCCGCCUGGAGUAGUUGCUGAAACGCAGAAGAAGGAAUUCGAACCUUUAGACCUCUCUCCCUAUAUUAGAAAAACACUACCUGAACCUGUCUUGAAAAAUGAAGCUAUUAUUCAAGAGCAAGAGAUGCGUAAGGCAGAAGAAAUAAAUCAUUUUAGACAAUUUCGAGAGAUGGUUGGAGAACACAGAGGGCAAGAACACACGGCUAGGAAUCGGUUGAAGCAAAAUGUACUUGAUAUGUAUGACGAUCUUCAGGUAUUGGAUCCCAGAACCUUACUCACACUACCAGACAUUGCUUAUUGGCAGUGUGUCCUAGCCCACAUAGGCUAGUGCUGACUAAUCUCAUUCUGUGGCAUUGCAUCUGCACUGGCCUUUCUUUUGUCCAGCUGGAAGAUGUUUCUCUCAUAAGCACCCUAGCUGGAUGGUGAAUAGAAAGAAAAGGAAGCAACAAAAUACUUUUUGUGCCAGAAAACACUGCAUUCUAUUACUCCAAGCUGGAAAAUUUGUUGCUUAGAAAUAAAUAUUGGGGGAUUGGCAAUCAUAGGUGGUGAAUGUUUUGCAGGCUGGGAUGGUAAAUAAUUUCUGAAAUUGGGUUGGCUCGGGAAAUAAGCUAAGGUAUUUCAAUUUUGUAAAGUAGUUUGACUUAUUUUCCAAGUCAGUCUGAUAUUGGCUGAUGGGAAAUCACCCAUCACUACUCAGCACUCACUUUCCUGAAAAGCCUUUACUGAAAUUCACCUUUUAGCUCCUCUGUUACAUCCUCUUUGUCACCAGUGUAUUUCUCAAAGUUAGUACCUUAUUUUCCAUCCCUAUUUUCUCCAUCUGUCCUCUGUGAAUGGCUGCAUGCGAAAGCCAAUGAAGUCUUCCCCCAUGCACACAAUAGCAAUACCAUUUGCACAAUCACUGCAGAUUUGUCAAGCAUCUUUUUAAAGACUUUGGCAACAGUAGUCUUUUGGCAACAAUAUUGAGGCUGGUGCAUUGCUUGCCUGAAAUCUCUUCUCUAAUCAGCAGUAAAAACUUGUCUUUUAACCUAAGGACCAAGGGCCAGCUCUAAGGUUCAACAACAUUAUCAGCACAGAUAAUCUGAUUUUUAAGCCUGUGAAUUGAGAAUUCUAGUACUUUCCUAGCCUGGAUAGUUGUGUGAAGCAGUCCUGUAACUACACCAAGCCCAUAUUUUUCACUCAAGUUGUACUGAUGGAGGCUGGGCCCCAUAGUACCUAUCAUUUUCUCCUUUUGAUUGCUUGCUUAUGGUGUUUCAAAGGAGUUGGGGGUGAUUGACAUGGCUUCUCCCUCACUCCCCUCCUAAUACAUCAUGUUUGCAUUCUGAACCAACACUAUGGAAUCUUGGUACUUAAUAAAUAUUAACUAGUAGCAGUAGCAAGAGUGUUGUGAAAUCCUUGCUUCCUGCAGCAUUACAGUGGUACCUUGGUUCUCGAACGGCUUGGCUCCUGAACAAAUAGGCUCCCGAACGCCGCAAACCCAGAAGUAAGUGUUCCGGUUUGCUUACGUUUUUUUGGAAGCUGAACAUCCGAUGCGGCUUCCGCAGCUUCCAAUUGAGUGCAGGAAGCUCCUGCAGCCAAUCGGAAGCUACGCCUUGGCUUUCGAACAGUUUCGGGAGUCAAAUGGACUCCCGGAACAGGUAAAGUUUGACAACCAAGGUACCACUGUAUAGGGAUAGCUCAGCCGGUAGAACAUGAGACUAUUAAUCUCAGGAUCAUGGGUUCAAGCACCACAUUGGGCAAAAGAGUUCUGCACUGCUGGGGUUGGAAUAGAUUAGGGUUGUCUUACGUCCAUGAAAUCCCAGACACAUCCUCUUUUGGGGUGCCUACACACCCAUCUGGGGGGAUGUUUACAGUUAUAGCAAAUGUCUGGGUUUGGGGGGUUCCUUUUGGGGGGGUGCAGGCAGCUCGGGCGUGGGCAGCUCAGGCUACUUUGCAUGCCAUGGCUUCUGCCAGCCCAAUCCAGGGAAAGAUGGGCAUGGGCGCUCUGCACACUGCAGCCACUGCCAGCCCAAGCUGGGGAGGGAAAUGUGUGGCAGCCCCACACACCCGCGCAUCCGCCUGCCUCUUUUCCUGGCUUGGGCUGGCAGUGGCUCGGGCUGUGCUCUUUUUUGCUCUUCAAGAUAUGACAACCCUAGACGAGAUGAUCCUCAUGGUCACUUCCAACUCUGUCAUUCAACUUCAAGCACAUUGAGUAAUGAGGCUGUGAGACUCCAAAUGGGAAGAGAAGGAUUUAAAAUGUUAUUCUCUUUGAAAGGCACACACACUUGGAAAGUCUGACCUUAUUUGUAUCAGGUGUAGUUCGUUUUGACCUGGCUCUGACUUGAGGUGGGAUUUGAACCCUGUGCCCACAAGCAUCCAAUUAUUCCUGCACAUUUGCAUGGUGGGGGUGGGGGGAGUAAUGGGAAUCAGGGAGGUCUCACUUUCAUAUUGGAGAGACCCUGCAACACCUCUUGUUUAAUAGAACCUGUGUAGAGCUUGCAACUUUUUUUGUAGUUAUAUUUUCCAUGAUGUAUGGGAGGAGGUGACGCUCCAUUCACCAUUUCCCACUAAGAGAAAGCCUUGCAGGGCCUCCAUUGUGGCAGGGCAUACAUUUCAUAAAUAAAUGGGACUUGCUGGUAAUGGAAAAAUUAUUUAAUCAUUUUUCUUAGUUUUUAUUUGUAUUUUGAAUCAUUUUCAGUUGUAUGCUAUGUAAUUCUGAUUCAUUCACCUUUGUAUAUUUUGUUUACUUAUUUUUUGUUGCUUCCCUCCCUUGUUAUCUAUUUGCGUUAAAUGUGUGAUAUGUAAAGACUGCAAGAUUCAUGGAAUUAGGCUAAUAAAUUAAUCAAUUUAGAACAUUUCACUUGACUAAAAGUACCUCUAAUUAAUCAGGCCGCAGGUUGUUUCUUUAUAAAAAAGUAUUUUUAAUUUUUCAUAGAUUUUAUUCCAGAACUCUUGUAUCUUUUUACAUUGCCACCAACAAUGCAUAAAAGUGCCGAUCUUCUCCUGACACUUCCAGCAUUUGUUGGAUCCCGUCUUAUAAAUUUUGUUUAAUUUCUCUGGUGUGAGAUGCCACCUGUAAGUCAUUUUCAGCAUCUUAAAAACAACAUUUGGGGAAAAAACCAGAGCUAUUUUUAUUGAGUAUGUUGCCAGAAAAUACACCGAAAGAUAGAAGGAAUAUA